AUGCUCUGGCGUCUCUUCCUGGGUACUGUUGUUGGCGGUGUCGUCUCAGCAUGUCGCUCAAAUAUAAGAACGACCCUCGCGGCAACCGCACCGACGCUGGAACUUAUUCUGGACCCAAGCAAGGACGUUUUUCCUGUGCGUUGUGUAAUUGUCGGUGGUGGAUACACGGGGUCAAAGCUGGCGUACAUGUUUGACAGCAUGUUUGAUGUCACACUUAUUGACGAAAAGAAUUACUUUGAGCUUACAAAUGACAUCAUUCCCAUCGUGGCAAAUCCGUGGAGUGAACUGAAUGAGGAGGCAUGCCGCCGGCUUUUUAUCCUUCAUCGCUAUUACUUAAAAAGAAGUAACGUUUUAACGGGCACGGUGGACGGCGUUGAUGAAGAGGCGGUCACGUUACGCGACGGUCGUCGUGUGUCAUACGACCUUCUUUUUAUCGCCCCGGGUGAGCGCAAGCCCUUUCCCUUUGCGACAAAGCAGCGCACCAUCGCCGGUCGCGUGCAAGAGCUGAGGCACUUUAAUCAGUUUCUCGGUACCUGCAAGAAGGUGGCGGUACUUGGCGGAGGGCCUGUUGGUACGUCGCUGGCGAUGGAUCUGGCGCGUAAUAGGCCCGAGAUGCAGGUGCAUUUGUACCACUCCAAGUCGGAACUUAUCCCCGCCCUACCAACCACGAGCCGUAAGUACGCAGUUAAAGCCCUGCAGAAAUGCAAGAAUCUUUCAUUACACCUCUGUACACGUGUGACAGAUGUCGAUGGAUGCGAUUCAAACGGCAAGCGUAUUGAUUUAAAUUCCUCUUCAGUGUUGACGCGGUUGUUGGGGUUUGUUAGGCCGCCGGCGGAACCGGCACGGUUUAUGGUUCGGUACGACAAAUUACACUUUGAACCGGCUCCGCAGCAGUCCAUUGUGAGUCAGGCGUAUUUUGGACGCCGUGAACCGCACUUGACCGGUGACAAGGUAGAAUCCUCUGGCGAAGAGGAAUUUGACUAUGUUUUUUCAACCAUUGGCGAUGUACCACGAUGCAUUCAGGCAGGAAAAGGGAAGUGCAACAUUCUGCAGGAGCAUGAGGCACCCGAUGGUCACUAUCGUGUCAGUACGUUGAUGCAAUUGUACAAGCGUCCAAAUAUAUGGGCCCCUGGGCGUUGCAACAAUCUCCCGUGGGUGCGGAGCUAUGGAUCGAGCGAUGUGCAAGUACGCACCAUAUUUCGCGGACUGAAUUCGGUAGUGUACAACCCGACAGAACGUUUUUUGAGCUCACGUGAUGGUGUUCAACCGCAGCGCAUGGCCAUUCCGCGGUUGUUAGUACGUUUAGGGAAUAACGAUGCAGUUGGUGCAACUCCGUGGUCAGGAGGCAUGGUGGGUCUCUCGGCAUUUCAUGAGUUUAUGCAGGACCGCAAUCAUCUCGUGAAGGAGUUUCAACAGCCAAUUUUCUACAAACAGCAAGACCCAGCAAAGGUCAAGCAGCGCAUCUCCAAUUGGGCUUCCCACGAGACGACAGAUAUUGUCGAUUUCUCCCACUUGUAG